AUGGCUGAACAAGAGCAAGAGAGCGCCCGAGUUAGAGCUGAAUUAGAUGAAAUCAAAGGGGGCAUGUCCCAGAUGAGGGAAAUGGUACAAGCUUUAACCUUCAGAUUUAAGGUUUCGCAAGCGACUGUGAUUUCAGAGACCACGGGCCCAACAAUGGAAGUCCAACUUCAGAGGACGUUACCCUCAACCCUUCCUCCAUAUGGGCUACCUUACGACUUCGUCCCUCAAGCGGAAGUAGUGCACGACAUGGGGCAACCUGUCCAACAAGUUAUGCCAUUACCGGUUUACACCGACGCACGCCCAGUCAUCCAUACCGUUGCUCCACCAGCUUCCUAUGCUAGGCACAUUCCGCACUUUGAAGAUCAACAUCACAUGUAUCAGACUGUCGACUCAACCUUUGUUGGUGACGAAGAAAUCUUUGAAGAUUUUAGAGAAGUAAAGGAGAACAUGCAGCUCCUUGAGAAGAUGUUUCGAGAUUUAGAAGAAGACCACGUCUUUGGAUCUGCUGCUAAAGAAAUGUGCCUUGUAUAUGGGUUGGUGAUUCCGGCCAAAUUCAAAACUCCAGACUUCGAAAAAUAUAAGGGGCAUACUUGUCCAAAGAGCCAUCUCAUCAUGUAUUACAGAAAAAUGGCUGCACACGUGGAAGACGACAAGCUGAUGAUCCACUAUUUUCAAGAUAGCUUGAGUGGGGCUCCUUCCAAGUGGUAUUUAAGUCUGGAUCAAAAUAGGAUCAUAUGUUUCCAAGACCUGUUAGACACAUUCAUAAAACACUAUAAAUACAACAUGGACAUGGCACCUCACAGAAGACAGUUGCAAAGCAUGUUCCAGCAUGACAAAGAGUCCUUCAAGGAAUAUGCUCAGAGAUGGAGGGAACUGGCUUCUCAAGUUGAACCACCUCUUGCUGAGAAGGAAUUGGCCGAACUAUUUAUCGAUACAACCCAACCCCAAUUCUAUCAGAAGAUGGUUGGAAGUGCUUCCUUGGGAUUCUCCGAGCUUGUUGCUAUAGGGGCUCGUGUCGAAUAUAGUUUAAGAAAUGGCAAACUUGCGGCUGUAAAUGGAACUUCAAAUGCUAAUCCAAAGAAGUUCUCUGGAGGGUUUCCCAGAAAGAAAGAAGGGGAAACAAAUGUUGUGAUUGUUGGCCAAGGAAGAGCCCCUCCAAGAAGGAGACCACAACAAUAUUCGCAGCAACAAUAUGUUCAACCACCCUUUCCCUAUAGCAGCCCAUUUCAACAACGUGUUGCGGUUCCUCCAACUUAUGAACAAGCACCAGUAGCUCCUGUCUAUCAACAACCGAGAGCUCAAGCUCCAAGAUAUGGGACCGAAUGUGAAGAACAAUCCUCUUCCUCCCCUGGAGAUCCCGCAGUGGACGCCAUUGAAGAUGCCUCUGCUGGUGUUAUGGUUGAGAAGGUGGAGGAUGUCAAGACUCCUUUGGCAAUGUUCCAUGCCCGGUUGGUGGAAUCUGGCCUGAUUAAUGAUAGUCAUGAAAAUUGUGAAGAGUGUGCCACAUACCCAAGGGGGUGUCAGGUGGUACGAGAUAACAUUCAAGACUUGAUGAAUAAAGGAGUGCUUCAGAUAUCUAGCGUUACGAAGAAUGAAGAUGCGUUGGUGAUUGAACCUUGCUUCAAUUUACCCGAACCAGUUGAGAUCCCAUAUUACAGUGGUGGAGUGGUUCCGACGAAUAGUCAUCUGUUGCCUGCUGAGAUAUGUAUGCCCAUGCCUUUUCCAUAUGAGAGCACCAAGGUUGUGCCUUGGAAAUAUGAGAUUACCGCUAUGGACAAGGUUGCUGAAGGAAGUGCGUACGUUGAAGUUACAGAAGCUGUGAGUGAGGAUGUCACCAAUACUGCAGGAAUGAACAGAAUGACCCGUAGAGGUCGAAUCUAUACGCCUGAAUUCAAUGUGACUCCUCAAGGGCCGACCAAGGAACCUACAGUUGCAACUCCCAGUAAAGAACCCGAAGUGGUCCAAUUUGAAGAUGUUGUUGAAUUCUUGAAGUUGAUCAAGAGAAGUGACUACAAAGUGGUGGAUCAGUUGCAUCAAACACCAUCUAAGAUCUCUAUUUUGUCUCUGCUAUUGAACUCCUAA